AUGGCUUUAGCACCAGCUGUCCUACAAUGCCUCGGUGAUAGCCCCAGAACCAUCCUAACCCUCGUCUCUAUCGCCCUCCUAGCCUAUGUGGUUUACAUGCGCCACAUCCAUCCUCUUUCCCGCUAUCCAGGCCCUCUCUUCGCCUCGUUAUCCAACACAUACAAAGCCUACUACGUGUACAAACUCGCGAUCCACGAAAAACUGCUUGAGUUACACAACGCCUACGGCCCUGUUGUGCGCAUCGGGCCCAACCACCUGCACACAUGGGAAGGCGAGGCAAUCGCGCCCAUCUACAAGGGCGGAAGGUCCAUGGGGAAGAGCGAGUUCUACGACGCCUUCACGGCAUUUAGGCCGAACCUCUUUGGAGGGAGGGAUGAAGACAUCCACGCCCUCCGCCGACGCCAACUAAGCCACGGGUUCGCACAAGUCUCUGUGCAAAAGCUGGAGCCACUCAUCGAAGGCCAAAUGGCCAUCCUCAUCUCGAAACUUCGGCGCCAUGCACAAACUGGAGAAACGUUCGACCUGAAGCACGCUCUGAACCUAUACGUCCUCGAUAUCCUCGGCGAGGUUGCGUUCGCGAAACCAUUUGGUGUCCAGCUUACGGAAGACGUCGAGAAACUGCACGCCAUCAACGACCACCUCUUACUGGCUGGUGUGAUUGGUGAACUGCCCUGCCAGGAUCUCACCAAGUUCUUGUCGAGCAUAAGUCCCGUGCCGUGGAUGAGGAGGCUGAUGAAGAGUCGACUCAAGCUAAAGGGUAUCUGCGCCGGUUGUGUGAGGUUUAAGAUCGAGAACCAGGAGAAGAUAACCAGGCCGGAUUUGCUUCGGAGCUUGGUUGAAGCCACGGAUCCGGAGAGUGGGAAGAGGCUGUCCGAGGAGGAGAUCAAUUCGGAGGCUUUUGCCGUGCUCGUCGCAGGCUCCCACUCCACAGCCGGAACAAUGACCCUCCUCUUCUGGCACCUCAUUCAGAACCCGUCGAUCAUGCGCAAAGUCCAAGCCGAGAUCGAGAGCACACUCGGCCCACUGGCCAAAGACCAAACCUCGUACCCCAUCGCCGGCCUCGAGGCCUCACUCAAGUACACAAUGGCCUGUGUCCGCGAGAACUUCCGUAUCAACCCCGUCUUCACGAUGCCGCUUUGGCGCAAGGUCGGAUACCCAGCUGGUCUGGAUAUCGGCGAGCAUCAUAUCCCAUAUGGCACAAACAUCUGCAUAUCAAACUACGUCCUGCACCACAACCCCUCCAUCUUCGGCCCCGACCAUGCCAUCUACAACCCCGAAAAGUGGCUCGACGAGUCCUGGAAUAAAGAGAAGGGACGGUACCUGAUCCCCUUCAGCGUCGGGCAUCGCAUGUGCAUCGGGCGGAACCUGGCCAUGACGAACAUCCUUAAGAGCGUGACGACCCUGCUUGCCAUGUUUGAGUUUGAGCCGCUCCAGGAACAGAAAGAAAGGAGUGUGAGGGUGCUUAGUCCGGGGAUUGGGGAGAUGGCGGGGUGUUUUGAGGUUAGGGUUAGACUUCGGGGUGAGGGUGGGAGGUAG